AGCUUAAACCUGUUUGAACCGGAAGUUCAUAAUGCUGAGUUGUUGACUUAUUUUGUAAUAAUUAUAUUGAGCAAUUUCUGCAAAUUUAGUGACGAAAGUAUUUAGAACAGUUUCAACAUUUCCACAAAAUGUCGUACAAUUACGGACAGCAGUAUCAACAACGGGCACCUGCCCAAGGCGGUACAGAUCCAAAUUUUUUAAUGGGAAUAUUUCAAAGGAUUGAUAAAGAUAGAAGUGGUUCGAUAUCAGCUGUAGAACUUGGACAAGCUUUGUCCAAUGGAACAUGGACUCCAUUUAAUCCUGAAACAGUGAGACUUAUGAUUGGUAUGUUUGAUCGAGAUAAUUCAGGCACUAUCAAUUUCCAGGAAUUUUCAUCACUAUGGAAAUAUGUUACUGAUUGGCAGGGUUGUUUCCGUGGUUACGAUAGAGAUAACUCUGGUUCGAUUGAUAAAAAUGAAUUAAAAACUGCUUUGACAAGUUUUGGUUACAGAUUAUCCGAUCGUUUUUACGAUAUAUUGGUGAAGAAAUUUGAUCGAUUAGGACGGGGAACAGUAGCUUUUGAUGAUUUUAUUCAAUGUUGUAUUGUUUUACAGACGUUAUCGCAGUCGUUCCAAGCGUACGAUACUGACCGAGAUGGCUGGAUCCAGAUAGGAUACGAACAAUUCUUAACCCUCGUAUUCAGCAUCAAAUCUUAAAACUAAAUAAUCAACAAGUUUAUUGUUGCAUCAUGUUAUAAACAAACGCUCAAUUUAAAUUGGACAACUGCUAUCUUUUCACCCAAUCUGAUUAAAACACAGAUCCUAUUUCGUUUCGUUUUUAUAGUUCAAACUUUCGUUUUACUUGUCUUUACUACACUUGGAUCUGGAAGAGUUGUUAUCAUUGACGUGUUCUGAAUGAUGUGAGGGAUUAGCCAAUGAAACGGUGUGUUACGGCAAGCUUUAGACAUUUUUUGCAUGGAACUGUGGGUAAUCCACUAGUAACAUCAAUACUGAUUAGUUAAUCAAAUGUCUGACGUCAUAGGGUCAAAAACUGCUCAUAUGAACUCUAGCGCAACCUAUCGCUACAACCGGUAAGAUCUUCAUGUAGUGCAGACCGUCUUAAGUAUAAAAAAACGAAAUGAAAUAUAGAUGUGUAUUUUAAUCAGAUAUCUUUUGACCUCUACUUUGUGUUGUAUUACUUUUUAUGUACUUUUGAUAUUAAUAGCAAUCAAUGUUGGUCUUUUAACUUUGUGAUGGUCAUGUAUUUCAAAUAUUUAUUUAAAAGCAAAAAUACAGAUAUCUUCUUGACAAAAUAAUAGGCACCAUUAGAAUUGACUGACACUAUCAUUUGCAGGUGUUUUUUUUUUAGAUUAGAUGAAUGUAGAUAUUGUUACCCCAUUUACACAGAAUGACAAUAAAAAAUCCUGUUUUCACAGAUUGACCAUAAUACCGCCCAAUGUUCACAGAUUGACCAUAAUAUGCCCAAUGUUCACAGAUUGACAGUAAUAUGCCCCAUUUUCACAGAUUGACAUCAAUACACCCAAUGUUCACAGAUUGACAGUAAUAUGCCCCAUUUUCACAGAUUGACAGCAAUACACCCAAUGUUCACAGAUUGACAGUAAUAUGCCCCAUUUUCACAGAUUGACAGCAAUACACCUAAUGUUCACCAAUUGACAAUAAUACCGCCUAAUGUUCGCAGGUUGACAAUAUUGUUACAAAUAUUUAUUUCUAUCUGUUGUACUACCAGUUCUCCAUAGUUUAAUUUACUCAUCAUUAACUACAAAAUAGUUUGUCUCUUUACUUAUAAAGAAAGGUUUUGAGUAAUUAACAGACUAAAUAAUUACCCAACAUCACUCAAGGGUGUAAUUAACAGACUAAAUAAUUACCCAACAUCACUCAAGGGAGUAAUUAACAGACUAAAUAAUUACCCAACAUCACUCAAGGGAGUAAUUAACAGACUAAAUAAUUAACCAACAUCACUCAAUGGAAAGCAAACAAUUGGAAACCCAACACUCAUUAUCUAAUCUAGACAGAUCAUUUUAAACUACAAGACAGUAGGAACCCAAUAGUUUUCGAUGAUUCUCAAGUCUAGUACCUACAUGGUAAUAAGUCUAGUACCUACAUGGUAAUAAGUCUAGUACCUACAUGGUAAUAAGUCUAGUACCUACAUGGUAAUAAGUCUAGUACCUACAUGGUAAUUUUAACUUACAGUCAUUGGUUAGACACAUGGAGUUCUACUUCUUGAACAUCAUACAUGUAUAACAACACAGUUAUAUGAUAGCAAUGACUAUAUUAUUAUACAUGUAUAUGAUUGAUAACACCUCCUCUCUUUUCUCCUGGGGGGGUUGGAUGGCUGAAUGGUUAGCGUGCGCGCGCUGUAUCAUAAAGUCUGUCAUUGAGUCGACUGGCGUGGUUUCGAAUCCCCGGUUGUACGUGGCAAGGAGUAGGGUCGCCUGUCCAACCUCGUGGGUUUUCUCCGGGUCCUCCGGUUUCCUCCCACUGCUAAAGACCCCUACGCGCAAGCGAAUUAUGUAAAUAAAAUUAAACCAUAUGUUAGUCCCGAAAUGACCUAGUUUGUGUCGAGUGGACGUUAAACCCCAUUUCUCUCUCUCUCUUUUCUCCUGUCUCACUAGUUUUCUCCCACUGAAAUAUUAUCAAACCAUAUGUUAGUCCCAAAAUAACCUAGUUUAUGUUGAGUGGAUGUUAAACCCCAUUCUCUCUCUGUCCUGGUAGUGACCAGUGAAAUCUUGUAGAAACAUCGUGGAAUAUAAAAUAGUGAUUGUUAUCCAUAAAACUAUGUUGUGUAUACAGGUCUGCUCUUAAUCUCCAUCCUCGUGGGUUUUCUGCGGCUCCUCCGGUUUCCUAACACUGCUAAAGACCCCUACGCGCAAGCAAAUUAUUGAAAUAAAAUUAAAAACCAUAUGUUAGUCCCGAAAUGACCUGGUUUGUGUUGAGUGGACAUUAAACCCUUUCUAUCUCUCUCUCUAUCUCUCUCUCUCUCUCUCUCUCUGUUUUUAAUCAAAGAUUGUAGUUGUAGGGUUUCCAGCUUCUUGUCCGCUUUGUCUAAUAUAUAAUAUAUUACAACUGUACUUAAAGAUAUAAGACAAGUAUUAAUAUAUAUAAUUAAUUUACAUUAAAUAAAUGGUGGAUAUCAUUGUCAUAAUUAUAUAGAUUUAAAUCAAUUCUAAUUAUUGUGUUUUAUGGUAAAUGAACUUAUCGUUGAUUUGAUAUAGCUACAUGUAUGUGUAUAUCUCAUGGUCAUCAUUAUAAACAGAGAUAAAUGGGGUUUAAAGUUCACUUAAUACUAGGUCAUUUUGGUACAUUUUAAGACAGGGUUGGGUGACCGAAUGGUCUAUGGUCUGUCAUUGAGUCAAGAGACAUGAUUUUGUUUCCGAGCUUGUACGUGACAAGGAGUAGGGUUGCUUAUCCAACCUCGUGGGUUAUCUCUGGGUGCUCCAGUUUACUCCCACUGCUAAAGACCCAAAUGCACUAGAGAAUUAUUGGAAUAAAAUUGAACCAUAUGUUAGUCUUGAAAUGACCUAGUUUGUGUAAAGUGGACGUUAAAUCCCAUUUCAAUCUCUAGAUGUUUUGAGACGUCUUGUCCAUCUGAGUUUGUAUAAGUAUGAAUACAUGUAUGUUAUUAUAAAUAAAAAACGUAGAAUAUAUAAUUAUUACAUUUGUGAUUGUCUAAAUGAAAUAUUGUACAACUUGUAGUUUUGUUCCGUGCUAGGUUUUUGUUUUAUAAUACAGUCACAAGCGAGUUAAGUGUUAGCUUGUUGUUUUAUAGCAUGAUUUGAUAAUACAGUCACAAGCAGUUAAGUGUUAGCUUGUUGUUUUAUAGCAUGAUUUGAUAAUACAGUCACAAGCGAGUUAAGUGUUAGCUUGUUGUUUUAUAGCAUGAUUUGAUAAUACAGUCACAAGCGAUUUAAGUGUUAGCUUGUUGUUUGAUAGCAUGAUUUGAUAAUACAGUCACAAGCGAGUUAAAUACUUAAGAUCAGAUAGUGACGCAUUGUUUUGAUGAGGGGGGGGCUCUAUUGGUCAGGAUGUUUUUUUUUUUAGGGGCUGGGGUUUAUUUCCCCCUCCUUUUUUUGUGGAUUUUGUCAAUUCGUCCUUUUGAAUGUUAUUUUAAGAAUGAUUUAUAUAUUAAACGUAAAUACUUGAAACUUUUAAUAAAAUAUCAGCAAUUUACCAAAUGUUUUUAUCAAGGGAGAUGCCAUGAAUCCCUUUGCAUCAUGUGUUUAAGGGUUUUGUUCCCCCAAAUGAGCGUACAGGUUGUAUCAUAAGAUCUGUCAUUCAGUCAACUGGCCUGGUUUUGAUUUCCUGGUUGUACCUGACAAGGAGUAUUGUCGCCUGUACCACCACCGCCCCCCCCAGUCAAACAUUUCCCCGUACGCCUAUGGCCUGUACAACCUCGUGUGUUUUCUCCGGGUCCUCUGGUUUUCUCCCACUGCUAAAGACCCUGCCACACAAUGGAAUUAUUGAAAUAAAAUUGAACCAUAUGUUAGUCCCGAAAUGACCUAGUUUGUGUCAAGUAGACCUUAAACCCCUUUUCUCUCUCGCUCCUAUAUAAAUUUCCCCAUUGACACAGCCCAAAGUUAUAAAUAUGGAAUAAAAGUCCAUGUGGACUCUGUCUGACCAUAUUGGGUUUUUGUGCCUAUCACCGACCCCUCCAAGGAUAUUGUUCCUCAUGUAUGAAAAAUUGUGAAUUUGCUUGAACAUUUUGAUUAAAGAUACCAUAUGGGAGAUUAGAUAAAGUGAAAAAGAAGAUAAUGUAAAAGAAAUUUGCUGAAAAUUUCAUUCAAUUUGAUCCACUCUGAACCGAGUAUUUAAGAUUGAAUUUUGGGCCUAGCCUCGAUCAUCAUUACUAAAAUUAGUUCGAUAAACAGCAUAGUCUCAAUUAUCUAUUUAAUCGUUAAAUCGUGAAGGAAAGUUAUGCAGUAAAUCGGCUCAUAAUGCACUAAAGAUCGCAGGCUAGCGAUGCCAUCUAGAGUUGAUUAUGGUCUGGAUAAGUAAAUUAAGGUCUAAUUAAUAACUUAGAUAACAUUUCCGACCUAAAGAAAGGUCUGCAAUUGGCAGAUUUAGCUCUUACAUAAUGUAUGUUUAAAAUAGUGGAGAAUUUAACUAGUGUGUCCACUCAUUCCACCGAAUGAAUUCGGCUGCAAUUUGGCGCCGAUUGAUUCGGCUAUUGUGUCCACCGAUUUAGUUUGUAAACAAGGCCUUAACCAGAACUGUUUUUUGUCUGAAUAUAAUUGGGAGCCACAUUGGCUCAGUGAGAAUGAUAUUGGCUCGCUAACCUAGAGGUCCCGUGUUCGACCUCUGUGUUGGCCGAGAAAGUUCAUUGGGAUUUUCAGGCGUGGUUCCUUCUUGACAGUGAUGCAGAACAGAUGGCCAGGAAAGGGACAAUGUCUAGAUGUUUGGAUGAGACGAAAAACAGAGCUCUCGUAUUCACUUUAGCGUGCACUUAAAAGUUGGAAUUCGAUAUAAGAGUAGGCCAUAGUGCCGCUGUCCGGGCAAAAUUUCCCUUCAUAGCACACUGUGUGGCGUAUUCCCGUCUUCAUUAGCCCAGGUUAGGAGCAGAACAGCAGGACGUUAAACCCCAUUUCAUUUGUCUGAGGAAAAUUAAAAUAUUAUUCCAACAAACAGUAAGAAUAUGCCGCGAACACAAAUCGAUUUUCUAUCUGGUUUAAAUUACCAUAUAAAUAAAUAUUUAUUUAAAACCUGCAAAUAUUGAUGACAGAGAAUAAUAAAAUCAGAUAUAUUUGUUUCAUAUCUACCCAAUAGUCCAAUAUACCACUUGGGGUCUUUUAAUUCAUUUUAACAUAAAAGUGUAAAUAUGGCCUAUAAAACAUCAAAAUGGAAUAAAUAUUGUUGACAAAAUAAUAAAAGCAGAUAUAUUACAUCC